CAGCAGAUACGGAAGGGAAAUCAAACACUCCGGGUCUCGGUCGGUGAAGAAUGAAGCAAGAUUUGAAACUGAUUUUUGUCGUGCUUGUCGGUGCCACAACGCUGCUGCUACUGCUGACACCCGCUGCAACAGUUCAACCGCCGGUGCCAUACUUUGAGCAGAGGCUUGGCAUCGGUCCACUGUCCUGGAGCGAGAUGGCGUACCUGCGGCGGCUCGUCGACGAGGCGGAUGAUGGCGGCACGGAGGUGACCACGGCUGCAAGCGAAGAGGACGGUGCGGAUGCCUGGGACAAUGCGUGCGUCAGUGAGCCCGUUAAUGGGGGCGGUUUCAGCCAGGAGCAGGAGGAGCUGGACGAACCGGACGAAGCCAUCCCGAAGGAUGUGUAAGAUAGUGGUGACAGUCUGCUGACCACGGCAUGGUCAGAGUACCGGGUUAAAAACGAUACCUUGCCAGCUGGAA